CAGUGUAGAACGUGUUGUAUGACGAAACAUUUAUAACACAAAUAGCUGAAUUUAAUGUAAUUAGCAUGUGUUAAUGCUUGCUGUGCUUAACAUCUCUCUAUUUCUCUCUCUCUCUCUGUGUGUGUGUUAACGAAGAAUGGAUUCACACAGAAAUGAAAUGAUAAAAUUGCUUUUUGCCAAUGGCUGUAAACAGAGAGAAAUAUGCUCUAUUCUUUGUGCCUCUGGAUUCAAAAUCAGUGAAAGGCAUUUAAGAAGAUUAAUUAAAACCCUUGGUUUGAGGCGGAGGAGUUAUGACAGGCCCCUUGAUGAAAUAUGUCAAGCUAUAAUGAGUGAGUUGAAACACUGGUCACCUUGGCAGGGCAUCCGUGCCAUGCACAAACGGGUACGUGGUGUCGGAGGAAUCCAGCCUUGCUACAGGAACGAUGUAGGUGUAAUAAUGGGAGAGCUUGAUGCCAGUGGUCUUAUUAGAAGAUGUCCUGGGAAAAAAAAAAUUGAACGAAGGAACUACUUUAGUCGUGGACCAAAUUAUACUUGGCACAUCGAUGGAAAUGACAAAUUGAAAUUCUUUGGAAUAUGGGUGCAUCUUGGUAUUGAUGGAUUUUCUAGGAAAAUUCUUUGGCUUAUGGUUGGCACCUCUAACCGACAGCAGAGCUUCAUUGCAAGGUACUUCUAUGAUGCUGUUUGGGAACACAACGGUAUGUAUUUUUGGCUGCUUGCAACUCUUAAUGACAAAAUUGUGUAUAUACACUUUAUACAGUCAUGUGAAAAAGUUAAAAUGCCCCAUUAAAUAUUCAGUUUUUGUUAAGAAUGUCAACAUGUUAUUUUUUGAUCUUGUUUUAAUGUGUACCUAUAGAUGAAAGUGAUGUACCGUAUGUGGGGGUGUCCUUACUUUUUCCUCACAAGAAAUUAGAUUUUUGGAAAUUCUGGAUUUUUUUUUCUUCAAAUUUACAGAAAAUUUUUAAUACUUUUCUUUAGUUUUUUUUUUAGUUAUUACUUUAUCUCAAUAUUGUUAAUAUAUAGAUGAAAUGUCCAUAACAGGCUUUCAGGGGGAGUUUUUCACAUGACUGUAUUAAAUGCUUUAAAAUAAUAAUUUUUAUUCUAGGUUGUCCAAGAUUUAUUCGGGCAGACAGAGGAAAGGAAAACCUUAUUGUCGGACAGAUGCAAGUGGCAUUUCACUUCAGGCAGGCUAGUGAUCAUGGACGAGAUUCUUUCAGAGUGGGCAAAUCAGUCCACAAUCAGGCAUGUAAUCGUUGUUGCUUAAUCACUGCAUAAUUUAAUUAAACAUUCGUUUAAAAUGUUUUUGGAGUAUGUGCUGUGCAGACAAACCUGUAUUAUACAAGAAAGUUUAAAACAAAAAUAGCCAACAUAUGAUUUAAUUA